UGGAGGUGAAGGACCGCCUGUCCCCACUCUGUAUUUUGCUGUCAAUGGCUUUCGGGACUUAUUUUAUUUGAAUGUCUGGGCGAUACAAGUGACCAAUAAUGGAUAUUCUAUGGAUAUUAUGGACCAUACCGGCCGUAAUAGCUGUUGAAGAGACGCUCAUGGACUCGACUACAGCCACCGCGGAGCUCGGCUGGACGGUCUACCCCGUGUCAGGGUCCAGUGACAACAGCUGGGAGGAGGUGAGCGGCUAUGAUGAGAACAUGAACACCAUCCGGACGUACCAGGUCUGCAAUGUUUUCGACAACAAUCAGAACAACUGGGUACGGACAAAGUACAUCAGGCGUCGAGGCGCUCAGCGGAUCCACGUGGAGAUGAAGUUCUCAGUGAGGGACUGCAGUAGCAUCCCUAAUGUGCCGGGCUCCUGUAAAGAGACAUUUAACCUGUACUACUAUGAAUCUGACGCCGACACGGCCACGAGGAACUCUCCCGCGUGGAUGGAGAACCCGUGGAUUAAAGUGGACACCAUCGCUGCAGACGAGAGCUUCUCUCAGGUGGACCUCGGGGGCCGAGUGAUGAAAAUCAACACGGAGGUUCGGAGUUUUGGCCCCGUUUCAAAAAACGGCUUCUACUUGGCCUUCCAGGACUACGGCGGCUGCAUGUCGCUCAUCGCCGUCCGGGUGUUUUACCGGAAGUGUGCCCGCAUCAUCACCAACGGAGCGCUGUUCCAGGAGACGCUCUCGGGGGCAGAGAGCACAUCCCUGGUGGCGGCGAGAGGCGUUUGCAUCCCCAACGCCGAGGAGGUAGAUGUGCCCAUUAAGCUGUACUGCAACGGAGACGGAGAGUGGAUGGUACCCAUCGGACGCUGCAUGUGCAAGGCCGGGAACGAGGCUGUGGAGAACGGGACCGUUUGUCGAGCCUGUCCCUCGGGCUUUUUCAAACCGACACAGGGAGAUGAAGCCUGCUUACAGUGUCCCAUCAACAGUCGCACCACCAGCGAAGGCGCCAUCAACUGCGUCUGCCGGAAUGGAUACUACCGCACCGACUCAGAUCCUCUCCAGAUGCCCUGCACAACCGUCCCAUCAGCUCCUCAGACCGUCAUCUCCAGCGUGAAUGAAACCUCCGUCAUGCUGGAGUGGAUGCCUCCUCGGGAUUCAGGCGGCCGGGAGGACGUGGUCUUCAACAUCAUCUGUAAGAGCUGCGGUGGAGGUCGUGGAGGCUGCACGCGCUGUGGGGACAACGUUCAGUUUCUGCCCCGUCAGCUGGGUUUGACAGAAAACCGGGUCUACAUCAGCGACCUGCUGGCCCACACGCAGUACACGUUCGAGGUGCAGGCUGUCAACGGGGUGUCAGAUCAGAGCCCGUACUCCCCUCAGUACUCCUCAGUCAACAUUACCACUAACCAGGCUGCUCCAUCGACUGUUUCCAUAAUGCACCAGGUCAGCCGCACUGUGGACAGCAUCACCCUCUCCUGGUCCCAGCCUGACCAGCCUAAUGGAGUCAUCCUGGACUAUGAGCUGCAGUACUAUGAGAAGGACCAGCCAGAAGUGAACGCCACCGCCAUCAGGAGCCAGACCAACACGGUGGUCAUCCGCGGCCUCAAAUCAGGCAGCAUCUACGUGUUCCAGGUCCGGGCCCGCACCGUCGCAGGGUUUGGACGCUACAGCGGCAAACUGUACUUCCAGACCAUGACUGAGGAGGAAUACAACACCAGCAUUCAGGAGAAGCUUCCUCUUAUUAUUGGCUCGGCGGCUGCUGGCUUGGUCUUCCUCAUUGCUGUGGUCGUCAUCGUCAUCGUCUGUAACCGGCGUGGCUUCGACAGGGCAGACUCAGAAUACACCGACAAACUGCAGCACUACACCAGCGGCCACAUGACUCCAGGAAUGAAGAUAUAUAUUGAUCCGUUCACAUAUGAGGACCCCAACGAGGCUGUGAGGGAGUUCGCUAAGGAGAUUGAUAUAUCCUGUGUGAAGAUUGAGCAGGUCAUUGGUGCAGGAGAGUUUGGAGAGGUGUGCAGCGGUAACCUGAAGCUCCCCGGUAAAAGGGAGAUGUUUGUGGCCAUUAAAACUCUAAAGUCCGGCUACACGGAAAAGCAAAGGCGGGACUUUCUCAGCGAGGCGAGCAUCAUGGGUCAGUUCGACCAUCCUAAUGUCAUCCGCCUGGAGGGCGUGGUCACCAAGAGCAGCCCGGUCAUGAUCGUCACUGAGUUCAUGGAGAACGGAUCGCUGGACUCCUUCCUCAGACAAAACGACGGGCAGUUCACCGUCAUCCAGCUGGUGGGGAUGCUGCGCGGCAUCGCCUCAGGCAUGAAGUACCUGGCCGACAUGAACUAUGUGCACCGCGACUUGGCUGCUCGCAACAUCCUGGUCAACAGCAACCUGGUGUGCAAGGUGUCCGACUUCGGCCUCUCGCGCUUCCUGGAGGAUGAUACUUCAGACCCGACAUACACCAGCGCUCUGGGAGGGAAGAUUCCUAUCCGAUGGACUGCACCCGAAGCCAUCCAGUACAGGAAGUUCACCUCGGCUAGCGAUGUGUGGAGCUACGGCAUCGUCAUGUGGGAAGUCAUGUCCUACGGAGAGCGGCCGUACUGGGACAUGACCAAUCAGGAUGUCAUCAACGCCAUAGAGCAGGACUACCGGCUGCCCCCGCCCAUGGACUGUCCCAGCGCGCUGCACCAGCUCAUGCUGGACUGCUGGCAGAAGGACCGCAACAACCGGCCCAAGUUCAGCCAGAUCGUGAACAACCUGGACAAGAUGAUCCGCAAUCCCAACACGCUGAAGGCCAUGACCCCGCUGUCUUCUGGUGUUCACCUCCCCCUCCUGGACCGCAGCAUCCCCGACUUCUCCAGCUUCAGCACCGUGGACGAGUGGCUGGACGCCAUCAAGAUGGGCCAGUACAAAGACAACUUCGCCAACGCUGACUUUUCUACAUUCGACGUGGUGUCCCAGAUGACCAUGGAUGACAUCCUGAGGGUGGGAGUGACGUUAGCGGGUCAUCAAAAGAAGAUCCUGAACAGCGUCCAGAUGAUGCGGGCACAGAUGAACCAGAUCACGUCUGUGGAGGUCUGACCCUCCGAGCACAGCAGAGGGGGGAGAUUAUAAAAAAAAAAAAAAAAGAAAAGGCUGUUGGGGAUGCAGGGCUCUGGGUUGCGGAGGAUGGAGUGGAUGUUUUUUUUUUUGGCAGUUACAGUGUGUCUGGUCUUCCCUCCAGACUACCAAUCAUCCCCCCGCUCCCUCUCUCCUCCUCCUCCUCCUCUUACCCCUUCACCCUGACUCUCCCUCCAUCCUCGGGAUCAGCUGUGGGGAGUCGUGGAAGCGGAAGUCCAUAAAGCGCGGUCCCCACAGCCGGACCCACCUCUGGAGCUAGAAACACAGGAGGUUAGAAGUGACCAGCAACACAUUCUUCAAUCUUCCACCAGUUUUUCAUUUGAUGUUGGACUUUCAUUUUCAUUUUUUUUUCUUUUUUUGGUUUGUUUGUUCUGAUAAUUUUGUAAAGAAUUUUCUAAAGACAUAAAAAAAAAUGAAAAACUGAGUAAAAGGCGAGGAGUUUAUCUAAAUUUAUAGAUGAUUAUAAGGUUGUAAACUAGACGGACUGAGUAGGAAAGCUACCCUUUAAAAGGGCAACAAAAAAAAUAAAGAAACAAGGAAGUGAAGGCCAUCCUCGACGCGAUGUGGAUAUUGUCUCUGCCAGGUCUAAUUUUGGACGUCCGGAGGAAACAGCAGCGAGUGUUGAAGAGGCCGAUGGACCCUACGUGCACUCCAAUCUGUUCCCCCCAGGAGAGAAAAUAAAUUAAAAACCAUACAAGGGACUAUUUCUUUUGACAUGGACUGAUGUCAAAAAUCAUUCAAAGUGACAAUUCACACGGUGAAAUCCAGAAAAAGAGUAAGAAAAAAAAGUUUUUCAUCAUUGCAAGUAAUUUUCUAUAUUGUGUGAAUUUCUGUGAUGAAGAUUCCGUCUCACCAUGCUUCCUCUCACUGCGAUCGAAACGACAAGUUUGUUUUUAUUUUGACCUUUACACGCUCACACCUUGCCUAAUAGAAAAUCUCUGAUUUUUUUGCAACCCCCGAUCAUGAUCCUGUACUGUACAUAUCAAACGCACCUGACCUGCCAUAAAACGCAAAGACUCAAAACAGAAAACAAAAAAGAAAAAGAUUCAAAGAGGAGAAGAAGUGACUACAGGGAGGAUCACACUGUUGGUACCUUCAGUUUUCUUCCCUUACUGUGUGAAACUACAAAUAAAACAACAACCUCCUACGUAGAGUCACACCAAAAGAAACAGGUUCUACUGUUUACAUCGCGUUCAUACAGCGCGUCCUCAUCCUCGUUCAUCUCCUGUGCACACGUUCGCACGGAGAGCGGCAGCAGCUCCCGAUGCGUCGGGACGCGUCUUUGAUAGCAUGCUGAGUGAGUGCUUAAUUUCACAGUGCUUUGAUUUGCUGCAAUUUACUGCAACUCUGUUUGGUGAGAGCUUGAGUUUGACACACUUUACAGAGUAUAAUGUGGCUGCAUUAUAUUCACCCUUUCUUCUUCUUCUUCUUCCAGUUUUUUUUUUUUUCCUUUUGGAGAUUUUAUGUUGAAAGUAUUAAAGUUUUGAUACCACACACACUCUCACACAAACACGCCGUCAUGAAUAGACUUUACAAUCAGGCAUUUGUUCAAGGAAAAACAAGAAUGCUAUGUGUUAUAUUUUUGCAAUGUCUGUAUGGAUGUUAUUGAAAUGUUAUUGUUACCACUUUUAUUUUCCUGCACUGAGUCUACUGUUUGACUCCAAAAAAAAACCAAAAAAAAACACUCUGGAUCUUCCAUCAA